AUGAGUUAAGUAAGUUAUAAUAAUAUUAAAUAAAUAGGAAUGCUAAUUUAUAAAAAGUAAGUAUAUUUUAGAUUUGAAUACAGAAACUUAAUUGGAAUGGAUUGUUAAAAAUCAAAAAUUAAUUGGAUUCUUAUUCCCUUAUUAGAAUAAAAUGAAAGAUUUUUAUGGUAACUCCUAAGAUCUCUUAGACUUAAAAUAAAGAUUAGGAAAAUAAAUUAUUUUUAAAUCACUUAGGGUCCAUUAUAAGUUUAUAAGAUAUUUAGAUUCAGGAAGCUUUGGCUAAGUAUGUUAAUUUUUAAAUAAUAGGUUUCAUUAUAAUAAAAUAAUAUUACUGGCAACAUGGUUGCUGUAAAAACAUUAAUCAAUACAAGUAAAUCUAUAUAAAAUUAAAUUGAAAAUGAAAUAAAAAUUCUUAGAACACUGGAUCACCCUAAUAUUUUAUCAAUAUAAGAAGUUUUUUUGAAUAGUGUUACAUAUUCUAUUAUAACUGAGUUUAUUGAAGGAAAGAAUCUUAAAAAAUAAAUGAUAGAGAUUUCAGAAUUUUCUGAAUUAUCUAUUCUCAAACUAUUUUGUGUAAUAGUCUCAAAUUAUUCUAUUAGUAAUUAUUUGAAGGACUCUCUUAUAUUCACAGCAUGGGCAUUAUUCAUAGAGAUAUAAAACCUUCAAAUAUUAUGUUGACUAAAAGUGGAAAGCUUAAAAUUGUUGACUUUGGAUUAUCAUGCUUUAUUGGUAAUUAACUCUAAGAAACACCUAAAUGUGGAACUCUUGGUUUUUGUGCUCCUGAAAUUUUACAAAAUAUCAACAUAAAGGCUAUGUAUGACUACAAAGUUGAUGUUUUUAGUGCUGGGUGCGUUCUGUAUAAUAUAUUAACUUCUAAAGGCCUUUUUGAUGCUGAUACAUCAGUUGAGGUUUUAAAGAAGAAUAAAAACUGUAUAUUUAUUAUAAAGGAAUAAGGAAGACUUUUUGAUUUAGUAAGAAUUUUGCUUAAAUAAAAUCCACUUGAAAGAUUGAGUAGUUAUUAAACUUUAUAAUUAAUUAAAUCCAUGAUAGAAGAUGAUACAUUGGAUGUAAACACUUGGUAAAGACAAAAAUGUAACUCAAAUUAAUCAACAUUAUCUAAUAUAAUUUUAACUGCGAAAUAGAAUCCUAAUAGUAAAUCUCUAAUAAAAAAUUAAUUAAAUUAUUGA